UUUUUUUUAAUUUUAGGUCAACAUCACGUUAUCAAAAAUGGCGACGUUAUCUGGAGUGUAUAACUACACAUCAGAAGAUUUCCGCGUGACUGAUGACAUGAAAAAGAGCUUCGAUGACCUUGGAUACAUAUUAGUCAGAGGACUGUUUAACGGCACAGAGAUCAGUAAACUUCGGAAAGUGUUCGAGGAGACAAGCCUUAUUAAGGAUCACGGCUGGGGGGUUGUUGAUGACACAGGAAAAAUAACUAAACUUGCGGUCUGGAACAGUCCCGGAAAUGACGUAUCUGGAAUGAUGGCACGUUGUGAAAAGGUCGUCAAUACUAGUGAAGACCUGUUGAGAGACGAGGUGUAUCAUUAUCACGGGAAAUUGUUGUACAAGGAACCGCUAUCAGGAGGCUCGUUCUUGUGGCACCAGGACUACGGAUACUGGUAUAAGAACAGUUGUUUGUUCCCUGAUAUGAUGACUGUCUUUGUGGCAAUUGACAAAUGCAUACAAGCAAACGGAUGCUUGCAGAUUUUGCCUGGAUCACACAGAUGCGGUCGGAUUGAUCAUGACAUGAGCUCUGGUCAAACUGCAGCCAAUGUGGACAGAGUCGAGGCUAUAAAGAAAAUAUGCCAACCUGCUUUUGUAGAAAUGGACUCAGGCGAUGCCCUGUUCUUCCAUUGUAACCUGCUACACUGCAGUUCCGCUAACGACAGUCCUGACAGGAGGUGGGCCUACCUGAUAGCAUACAACACCAAGAGCAAUAACCCGGUUGUCCCCCACCACCACGCCCAGUACACACCAAUACAAAAGGUUCCCAACAGCGCGGUAACAGACUGCACCAACUACCGCGACUUCACUGACAAAGAUUUCAUGGAGGCCAAAUCGUCUAAAACGGUGAAUGCUACAUUUUUGGAGAGUGACUCAAAACAAUAGAACACGUCAAUAGAUUGACACGUACCUCUCGGACAAAGCUUCAUACAACACAUGUACAUGUACAUGUAAAAGUACGGACUAAAUUUACUGUUCUUGCGCGUGACUUGUAAGAACGGCUGGAAAUGUAUCCAAGGUGGAAUAGAAAUGAUGUUAUGUAUUCCUCGCGGAAAGUAUGCUGCUAAGGCCAAUACCAUUAGGUCAGACAACUUGUGUUUGGGCUAUGAGUUUGCAAUAAAAUUGAU